CCCUCGCACUAGCGGAGGCGGGGAAGCGGGCGCCGAGGGGCGUGGGGCGCCAGCACCGCGCGUUCGUGCCAGCCGAGCCGGGGCGGGCACACUCCUGGCCGCCCAAUCCCCGGCCGCAGCCGCGGCCUUAUGAAUAAGCAACGAAGCCCAGCGCCCUCCCCCAGGCGCCCCAGACAGCGGAGGGAGUCGCCGCCGCCGCUGCAGGGGCCGCGCCGGAGAUGCGGAGCGCCGGCGCUGCCGCUGUCCUCCGCGCGCUGCUCCGCUGAAGGCGCACAGGACUCAAUCAUCGGAAUUGUCAGCUCUGCCAAUUUAGGUGCACAUUUCUCUUCCACUAUGAGCAAACCAAUUGUCUUGCACAUUUAUCUGGCCUGCUGUAGCCUUCUGCUUCUCAGCUUUGCCACACAAUGUCUGGCUUUCCCCAAAAUAGCAAGCAGGGAGAUAGCACAAGUUCCUGCAGGAGAAGUGCAGUCGGAGGGGAUGGAUGCGGACGACUUGGAAAACAGCUCUGUUGCUUCCCAGAAGACCCCCCGACUAACAGUCUCCAAAGAUCCAAUGAUAGCGUUGGAAGGACCAUCCGCAGCAACACCAUUGCAUCAAAUAUUCUCCAUCCACAAAGAAACCCACCCUACAGAAGCCGGGGUCUUGCAACCCAAUAGCCCUGGUGUUUACAUUGUUACCGAGCCAGGCAUCCCAGCAGGUGAAGAAGUGUCUGGUUCUAGCCAGCCAGCGAGAGUGUCUCCUGGAAGCAGACCUCCCAAGGCCAUGUCACCCACUGCUGUCAUGGUCACCGGUUCUCCGAAGACUGAUGAGAAGGAGGAGCCCUUUAGCAGGACUGGCAUUCAGGCCACUGUGGAAGGGACCCCCGCAGCAACGCAAGGCUUCCUUAGGGAUAUGGUUAGUCCGUCAUUUGCAAUGGAAAGUCAGGGACAUUCACCUUUAUCCCAUGUGACUGUUAAGGACAUGCUAACCACCCACCCCAGGGCUGAGGAAUUGGAGGCGGACGCAGAUGACAGGACAACUUCUUUUCCUUCUGUUAAGUCUGCAGCAAGCACCGAGCCUGGAAGCCUCACGCCUGAUAGGGAGAAGCCUUCCCAGUUGACAGCUGAUAAUACCCAGGCUACUGCCACCAAGUCCUCGCUCGCAACUUCUGAGGACACCCUGAGUGUUGAGCCAGACGCUGCCAGUCUGCCAGGAGCCUGGGACGUCGCCAUGAGUGUCAGCACAGCUGUUCCAUCUGCCUUCGUCUCUAGUGAUGAGUGGGACGACACCAAAUUAGAGAGUGCAAGCCAGAUGAGGACCCCAAAGCUGGGGGACGAUACAGAGUCUCAGGUGGGAAUGGGAACAUCUCAGACAGUGCAAGUAAGCCCUGGUGCAAGCCAGAUAAGGACCCCAAAGCUGGGAGACGAUACAGAGUCUCAGGUGGGAAUGGGAACAUCUCAGACAGUGCAAGUAAGCCCUGGUGCAAGCCAGGUAAGGACCCCAAAGCUGGGAGACGAUACAGAGACUAAGGUGGGAAUGGGAACAUCUCAGACAGCGCAAGCAAGCCCUGGUGGCCUGGACAGGGGCUACGCUUUCACAGAAGCUACAGAGGGGGCUCAGGGACUGCCUGAAGGGGAGACACACCUGGGGACAGCCCUGCCAGUAGCACCUGGGGAUGAGAGAUCACCCGCCUUCAUCGGUCCAAGUUCCAGUACCCCCACAAGUCUGCUGGAGGAUACAAGGGCUUCCGCUGUGAACCUGUUCCCAAGUGCGGGAGACUUCCCGGAACCCACCCAAGAGAAUGAUGUUACACUUUUCUCAGAGACCACCGUUUCCGUCUCCGAAUAUGAGUCUGAGGCAUAUCAGCCGCUGAGAAAUACACUGAAAGAUAUCACUCAGGAAACGACAACAGCUACUCAAGAACCAGAAGCCCCUUUAUCCUUGGUGACACAAGAAGAGGUUCCUGGAGGCAGCGAUGAGCCUGAGGAAGCCCAGGAGUCGCCUGCUCCCGGGUCCGACGUUCCUGGGGUCACUGAGCUAUCGGGAAGAUGGGAGCCCCUGGCCACCACAGUCUCAACUACAGCCGUGCCUUUGUCUGUGGACGUGACCCCAGCUGCGGAAGACCUGAUGGACACAGUCACAAGGCCAAAUGAGGAGUUCACCCCAGUUUUGGACUCUCCAGUGACAACCCCUGGACUGUGGGUCGGCGCACCCAGCACUUCUCUGGCUCUUCCUGCUUCUGAGGCGGCCGUGGAGACAAGAACUGUGGUUCCGUCCAUUAGCCGUGGUAACACAGCGGCCUCCUAUGGCCUGGACCAACUCGAAUCUGAAGAGGGAGAUGAAGAUGAAGAUGAAGAGGAUGAAGAUGAAGAUGAAGAAGAAGAGGAAGAUGAGGAAGAAGAUGAUGAAGAUAAAGACACGGACGCCCUGGAUGAGAGCUUGGAUGGUGACACUGAGCUGCCAGGGUUUACUGUCCCUGGCGUAACGUCCCAGGAACCGGGCUUCGCGCAGGACAACGUGGGCCCCUUGGAGGGAGCCACCUACCAAAUGCCAGAUGCCAUCGAGUGGGAGCAGCAGAAUCAAGGCCUGGUGAGAAGCUGGAUGGAAAAACUAAAAGACAAGGCUGGCUACAUGUCUGGGAUGCUGGUGCCUGUAGGAGUUGGAAUAGCUGGAGCCUUGUUCAUCUUGGGAGCGCUCUACAGCAUUAAGGUUAUGAAUCGCCGAAGGAGAAAUGGCUUCAAGAGGCAUAAAAGAAAGCAGAGAGAAUUCAACAGCAUGCAAGACCGAGUGAUGCUCUUAGCCGACAGCUCUGAAGAUGAAUUUUAAAUUGGACUGGGGUUGAAUUGUGAUAUUCAACAAUGUUAUUAUUUUUUAUUUUGAGGCAAAAAAAAAGAAAGAAAAGAAGGAGAGCAACAUUCUCCCACAUUGCUGCUCUCAGGCCGUGAGUCCUGUAUCUGCUGGGUGGUAGGUUUGUCUUACACUGAGCAGAAGGUACAUGCUGUAUUCUAAAUGUAACACACAGUGUUCGGUUUUAUAUUGCAGAGGGUUUUCCACAGCCACGGGCUGCAAUUCAUAAGUAUGCAGCGUACAUAUUGUUCAGUAGGGAUAGCUAGGUUAGGUAGAGUAAAUAUUUUAUAUUUUUCCACAGUAUCUUUUCCCUUGAUUUGGAUAACCUUCAUUAAGUGUAAUGACUGUUGCCAAAAGGGCACGCUUGACUUUGAAAUAGAAAUCUUAACAACGUAUAACUUCUCAUGAUCCUACUCUGUCCUACCUGAAACCGUAGACUUACAGGCCGUGGUACAUACUGCAUUUGCAUCAAAACUAGCAGCAACUUGGAAUGAGACUGUUUGGUCAAAAAGAUCCUCAGCCCCUUAGGAGUAUAUAUAGAUUUGUAUGCAUCUUGCAUUAUAUAUUUCAGUCUCCUAGGUUUAUUAUUUUUCAUCUUCUGUUUUAUUCACAUACAUGGCAAGAAAAAAAAAUGCGCCAGAAACAAUGCAUUAAAUUGACUCUUAAUCUUCCUGUGUGCUUGCUUCAUAAAAUAGUGUGAUGGAGUCCAAAAGACCUAUCAGCAGAGUCUUAGAUGUUUAUCAUUAAGAUGUACUUUUUGUGUACUCUUCAACUUUGUCAAAAAAAAUGAGGAAGAGAAAAGAAGACAGUAAGGGUGGGCAAGCUCCCUGAGCGUGCGUUUGUCUCUGCCGUUUGAUCUAUGCUUCUGUGACUGCUACUGUGAAUAAUUCAGUGCACUGCUCACCACGUCUGGAGUCUUGGCCACGGAAGGAACAGGCCACUGUUGUUCCUCAUUCGACUUCGUUGGGAAACCAGACAGUCUGUGGUAGAAGCAGGCCCAGUGACCAGAGCGCUGGUGCUCUGUGAAGUGGAAAAUCAGCCUUUCUCAAGGCAUCCAUCCCGCUGUUGGGAUGGUACACUGUAUCAUCGGUUCAACCAUUUUUCAUUCCCUUUGAAGUGUAACCCCCUAACCUGUACAAAAUAGGGUACUUAAUACCCUAUCAGAAUCUGGGAAUUUGGAACUGCAGUUGGUUGAGUUUGGGAAUAGUGAUAUGGCUCACUUUUAUGGAAGGAUGAAAGUUACUAAUUAUACUGUUAAGAUGGAGAACCUGUUCACAGUUAUUAGGACAUGUUCUACUACGUUCAAGGCAGGUUACAGCAUUAUUUCAUGUUUAGUUCUCCCAUUUGACCUAAUAUAGAACUAAAGCAUAGAAAUCAAACAAUUACGCAAAGUUAAACCUGGAGAGAAACAACAUGAGAACCCAUUUGGGACUCAAAGCUAUGUAUUCCAUCUUCAGUGCCCUUUCCACGGACUCUGAAGGAAACAGUGACAUGUGCAUGUCAGCCCUUCUUUAAAGAUAAGGUUCCAAGGAGGUAGCCACUUGGUCAAGGAAUAUUUGAUAUGAGUUUAUACUUGUAUUUGUUCAAUGACUGCUGCCUCACUAGCCUCUCACUUGCUAAUGCAAGUCUUUUCCUCCUCCAUCCCAGCCAUUUCCUUUACCAUCACAGAAAGUUAAAUAUCAUCUCUGGGGAACUAAUGGAGGAAUAUUCCAGAAUCCAUUCUUGAAUGGUGACUGGCCCACAAGAAUGUUUGCCUUGGUCAGUUUUAACUCUUUUUGCCGAGAGAUGUAAGAAGAUGUGUGAAAUUGGUAAGGAGAAAUGAAAAGCUUUGAACAGUCAAAUAGAAGUUAGCAAUUGACAAAUAAGCUCAAGGUCAUACUGCAAAGAUGGAAUCCAGAACCAUAGCAUUCACAAGUAACAGUAAUUUCAAGAGUAGAGGUAUGCUGGUAUUGCAUAAGGGAAAUUUUCCAUUUGUAAGAACAGCCCCUUGCUCUAAGUGUUCCUAAGGUUUGGAGUAAAUGAGUGUGAUGUUGACAAGCUGUUUUCAGAGAUACACAGUAAGCCACUUAAUUUAGCCACACAUGAUGGCCAUCAACACCUUGGGCUUCUCAGUCUGUUGAAUUAACUGGAACAUGGCUGAUAGGUUGAAUUUUCCAACUGUAGGAUGAUAAAUUGCAGAUAACAGAUGCACAUUUUCAUUUUCCAGAGGUCUAUGAGGAUGACAUGUGUGUGAAUUUAAACUGACGCAGAAAUGUGUGCAGCCCUUUUAGGGACAUUUCACUGUUUAAACAAAGAACUUAUUUAGAUCACAGUAGAUUUCUGUACAAACCUGUUUAAACAAGCAGAUAAAGAAAAUGUGCUUAUUAUCCAUCAUUAAAAAAGAAAGGAAUCUUGUUAUUGCAAAAACAAAGAUGAACUUGGAGGGCAAUAGCUAAGUAAAAUAAACAAGUUGUAGAAGGACAAGUCCUGCACAAUCCCAGGUAUACAGGGUAUCUAAAGCAGCCGAACUCAGAAGCAGAGUUGGAAUAGUAGCUGUCCCCGUGGUCUCUGGGGGAGGGAGAACUGGGAACUGUCUGUGUAAAGAUUCAGUCGUGCAGGAUGAGUGAGCUACAGAGAUCUGCUGUAUAGCAUACUGCCUAUAGUUGACAUUGUGUCCUACACUUCAGAAUGCGUUGAGGGUCGAUCUUGUGUCAGGUGUUGCUAACAGCAACAGCAAUAACCACAGAAGCAAGGAGAGCAAACCCCUGUGGGAAGAGACCCUUUCCCUAGCCAUGCUGUCCCCUCAGUAACACCUGCUGUGUUGGAGGAAGGAAAAUAAAAAGAGAAAAGGAUAGAAGCUGCUAGAAACAGAACAGCAGGCUGGGAUGGAGAGCCCAGGGUCCCUCCAUGCCCUUGGUGUCUUUCUGUCAUCAGAGGGCAUUAUGUUUCUUUUAUAUUUCUUUGGUUUCUUCCUCUUCUGUAAACAGCCGAUUUCAGUUGUUGCUGGCUUAAUUUAUAAGCAAUAUUUGGAGGUAAUUGGUAUCCCAGGGCAACAGAUUCCCUUAGCAAUGCCUUUGCCUCAACUUCAACUCAUAAACUAUCUCAAAUGUGGUUUUCCAGAAAUGUUUUCUUAAAGUGCCUAUAUCUCUUACAUAGGCCUAAAAUGGUGGGGGCAACGUUGAAGCAAAAUUUUAGAACAUGUUUAAAUAGCUGCAGCACAAUCAAUGCUCGUUUUCUGUUUCAUUAUUUUUGUAAAGACCAAAACUAAAAAUGUUAAGAGAUGAAAAUAAUAUAGAUCAACAUAGAAAGUUCUGCAUGCCCUAGUGCCUCCCUCGGUGCACCUACGGAGAGUUUCUUCCUGUGGAAGUCUAGAGGAGACAUCUGAUUAAGAAUCCCACCCACAACUUGGAAGAGAAGAAUUCAAUUAUGCGUGGACAUGGUGAUUUCUGUGGAUACAAAUAGUCGAUGUUCCUAUCAGUUGACAAAAACCAGUCUUUGGAAAUAGAUUUAUAAUUUGGUGCAGGGUUCUAGAUAUGUGGCCUUUUGCAAAACAGGCUUUGUGGUGGCCACAGAAGCAUCUGAAGGGGCGGGAUCAUGACUGAGGAAAACAGUUUCUCCUUUUUAGGAUGUGUGAAAGUGUGCUUACAAGGAAAAGAGCAUGGAUAGGAGAUGGGCAAGAAACCAUAAUACAAGGCAGGUAUAAAGAUGGCACAAAACAUUAGAAUGUGCUAGGAGAGGCCAAAAUUCUGAGUGGAUUGAUGCUUGGAAAAAUGUUGCAGACAGCAAGGAGAAGAAUGCAAAGGAGGAAGAUCAUUUUGGGGGGGGGAUCAUAAAGCUCCAUGAAUCUAUUUUCUUUCCAUCCUCACCAUCAAAGAAAACUACCCUGCACUAGUUACAAUGAAUAUGGUGAGAGAGAAUUGAAGUCCAAGAUGAAGGCGGAGAUGAGAGGUGCUUUGUUACUUUAAAUGAGUUAAGCCCAGUUAAAUAUCUUCCUUAAUUAUAAGUUAGUUCAAAUGAGAGAAUAUAAACUUCUAGGAAUGGGAAAUGGUUUGGGAAUAAAUUUACUGUGUUGACUUAAUAGACGUCCCAUCUCUACACAUUUGGCACCCCUCCGCCCACCCAGACACAGAACUCCUUUCUGGGGUAACUAUUAGACUGAUAAGCUCGAGAUGGACUGAGGAGAGACAUCUAAUUAUGUUGUUCUGAUAAUUAUAAACUUCGGCAGUCAACAUAGCUAGAAACAGAAUCAUGUGGCUUAAUUUCUGCGUGUAGAAAAAAAGCAGUAUUUACUUUGUAAGUCACUGUUAUAUAAAUGCAUUGGGAGUCUCUUAUUUGUGAUAAUAGAUGGAUCUAACUUAGUAAUUAAUGCAGAUUUCUGUUGUGUGAAUGUGGGAUAAAGAGAGAAAGGAAAUAAGGAAGAAAGGGAGAGAGGGAGAGAGAAAGGGAGAGAGAUGGAAAGAAAUUUCCUCCUGGAAAGCACAAAGAAACAAACCCUCUUCUCCAUCAUUCUAUCCAGUUUGCUCGAAAAAAAAAAAAAAGAAACUCAAAAAUAUUUAAAUAGCAUCCUCUCAAAUCUUCAAUGUAAUAAAAAAGCACAAAUUUUACUUUUUCCCUUCAGAAAGCACCAGGAACGGUAAUAUGAAUGGUAACCACUAAUAACUUGUAACACGGAUAUGAAUUCUCACUGGACAAUUGCAACUUAGAGAUCUGAAGUUCAAGACUGGUGUUGCUCAGAGGUGUAACCUGUUGUGAGUUGAGAAUAGAAGACUUGAGAAUAAGCUGUUGCGGAGUGCGAACAAAUGGAAAGCAAACUGAGUGCCCACUGGGUUAUUUUAUGACCUUUAAGGUGGACAGAUCAUCUGCUCUGGUCUCAGAGUUCAGGAAGCUGAGGUUUUGGUUAACCAGUGUUGUGGGCAGCUUCACAGUUUGUUCCUGCUUAGCAAUGAAAUAAAGGGGACCAGUAGCAUUAGAGCCUAUCUAAAAUUUCCUGUCUCCCAGCAUAGCUUCAGACUUCUUCAUUACCAAACUAAAGUAUACCCCUGAGGAGGGAAUAAAUACAUUCUUCCCAAAAUAAACUUGGGUGUAAAACCCCUUUGGCCAUUUCUUCUUAUUUGAUGCAUAAAGAAAGAAAGAAAGGAAAUAGUUUCUAAUUGAAGAAUCAAAUCCCAAGGGUCUGUGUCAAGGAGAGUGAGGACGGUUAGUGAGUCUCUCUUUGGUAAGCCAAGAACAGUUGAUAUCGUUGCUUCUUCCUGAAUCAGUACUGAUUUAGUACCUUUUAUGUGCUUGGCAGUGUAUUGAGCAUUGGGGAAUAAGAGGAGCAAAACAUUGUCCGUGAUCAGAAAGAGCUUAAGGACUAGUAGAGGAAGAGAGUAAAUGAACAGUUUCAUCUCAGGUACACCAUGCAUCCAGAAAAGGAGCAUCUAACCCUCCCAAGGAAAUGGGGGGCAUUUCUCCCUAGGCCAGCACACCUGACGCCAGAAGCAUGGGUGGGGAUUAUUCAGGCAAACGAGAAUGGAAUGCAUGUCCUAGCCAGUGGUGAGCUAUGGACAUUCCAGGUCCUCAAGGGAACUGAGAGUUGAGAUUUUAGGGGGAAAGUGCAGUGUGAAAUAGGCAGAUCCUGAAGGGUCUUCUGGGUCAUGCCAAGGAAUUAGGACUUUAUAUUGAGGGCAGUUGGAAUCAUGGAAAGGUAUCAUGUUGAGAUGUGGUAUGAUCAGGCCUCAGGUCAUGGGAAGACUAGACUGGGAAGGAUAAAGUCUGAAGUCAAAACCAAUGUGGGUGGGCGGUGACUAUGAUCUGGACCCAGUUGCAAGAGCAAAUGUGGAGGGAGGAUGGGUUGUGGAGGUUCUCAGGAGGGAGCAGUAACCAGCAGGACUUGGGACGGGUUGAAUGUGGAGAAGAGAGAGAAGACAAUGGUUGACACUAACAUGGGUCAUGGAUUUUGGAGCACUUCCAGAUAUGUGCCAGUGUUUUGACUUCUGGAGGGACUGACCUGUAUUAUUUACUAUCCAGGGAGGAAAACAAAGGCCUACAAGUGUGCCAAAAGUAUAUAGGCAGCUCUCAUUUUCUACAAAGUGUGUGUCCAUGCAUUGUAUUUCUCUGUGACUUUUAAUAGUAGGUGCCAAAGAAAUAACAUUAAAUUUAAUAAAACCCAAGUUAAACAUCUGGGAAACUCUCCAGAUACCUUUAGGUGAUGACACUUUCAGGCUAGGUUUGAGUUACUAUCUAGGACUUGACUGACCCUUGAUUUUUAAAAAUGAAUACAAGAAUUUCUCAUUCUUUGACAUAAGUAGCAGAGAGGAGUGUCUUGUUUUUCUUGAAAACAGAUCCAAAAAAUUCCUCUUUCAAGGCGGAUCCUUAUGUGGAUGAUGUCAGGAUUUGGAUGUGCAAAUCCUGAAAAAUCUCACAAGCAACACAGGUCCUGGGACUACGUGGUUUGAUGGCCUUUUCGACAGCGGUCAUAGACAAUCAUCAAGUAACUACAUGCCAAUUACAAGUUUCCCACAAUUGCCAUGUCAGCACAAGGCUGGAUUCUGGAGGGUCUCAGUGGCAACCGUGCAGAAUCGAGGAAUUGCAGAAAAGCAUGAGAAAUAAUUAUCCACCCCGAGAUAAUUGUUAACAUUUUGGUCUGUGUGUUUCUGAUCUUUUUUUCUGUGUAUUUGUGAUAUUCUGUAUAUGCACACUUGUAUUUUUACACAAAAUUAGUAUUAUAAUUUACAAGCUAUGUUGUUAGCUCCCUGUAGCUACAAUUUCCAUGGUUGUUUUAAAAGGAAUAAAGAAAAAUGAAGAAGGACUUGUGAAAAUCCCAAAGUUGCAUUUGAAUGUACAAGGUGUGUGUUUCCUUGUUAACAAGAUUUUUUUGGCAUUUGAUGGUCCAUGACUGCCCAGUUAGCUUCAGCUACUUCCAUGCGAUGCAAAUGAGAACACAGUUGAAAGAAGUCUUGGUCACAGGACAUCCAUUUGCAAAUGUCAUAUUGUACCCCAAGGGAUUAGAAAAGCCUUUCCUUUCUUUGCCUUUGCCCUCAAACCAAAGCUUUUAUAAUUAGACAGUAAGAUGGAAUGACCGUGAGAGUAGAUAAUACAUGCUGUUGUGAGAAACACUGGAAAAAAAGGAUACUUACUGUAGUGACCUAAAUUGAUUAAAAGCUUGCUCAGUUCAA